AUGCAAACACCAUUUAUAAUCUCUCAACAAUCAACUGUUAAUACUUUAAGGCCUGUUUACGAUUUGGUUGAAUUAGGAUUAGAUGAUUAUGAAGAAAAUAAGCUAGUCCUUAAUACUAUUCAUAAUUUAAAAUUAUUUUUUAAAAAUCCUGAUAAUUGUACUUGCCAUCGAACUCCAAAACAAAAAGACCUUAGAACUUGUUUUGAAAAAGUAGAAUUUAAAUGUUUUUUUGAAAGACAUUUUAAAUUAAAAGCCUUAGAAGAAUAUGAACUUGAACUUUUUAUAAAAUCGCAGUUAAUGUCAUUUGAAAUUAGUAAUGAAAAAUCUAUAAAUAAAACACAAAAACAUAUAUAUAGAUAUAAUUAUAAUAAUUCUUUAUUUCUUUGUAAAUUAACUAAACGUGUUCAUGGAAAUACUGGUCAUGUAUCUAAAACAGAAUCAAGAGUUUUUUUAGAUUUUAAUAUAACAUUUACAAUUAAACAAUUUUUAAUACAAUACGGAAUAAUUCAUAGACUCUCUUCUCCAUUAUGCUCAGAAAUCAGAAAGGUUUACGCUUCAAAAAAAUCAGGUAGAGAGAAAACUUCUUUUCAAUUAUUACAUAAUAUCAAAUUUGAUGAAAAUAGUAAUUUAAAUGCUUUUUCUACUAUACUAUUAUCAAAUGAUCACAAAAAAUAUUUAUAUACAAAAAUUCGUCAACACGUUGAUGACCCAUAUAAAGAUAUACUUUGUCCACAGCCUUAA